AUGACAACAAAUAAUCAUAGAAAGAGUUACAAGAGAAAAUGGAUUUCAGCUUGCCGUUCUGUAACAAAAUACAAUAACAAUUCUAAGAGGCACUGCAUUGAUUUUCAAAAACAGUCACCUCCGAUUGCAUUCAGUCCUAUAACAGUGCGCGUUGAUGAUGAUGAUGAUGAUGAUAAUGAUAACUUUACUGUUGAUCAGAGUUUAAUUGAAGAAACAAUUGACAUAGAUGAAAUUUGCACAAACGCACCUGCUCACCACCGUGUUUCAGGCACUGACAGCAUCAGUGAUAAUUCUUGUUUGUCUGACGAUUCUGAUCAGUUAGAAAAUUGCAGUUUAAAAGAUGAGUUAGUAACUUGGGUGAAUAACUUUCAAGUAAAACACAAUGCAGUUGAUGGGCUCCUUAAAUUACUUAAACAGUCUGGCCAUUCUGAAUUACCAAGCACUGCCAGGUCAUUAUUGGCCACACCAAGGCUUGUUUCUAUUGGCCAUAAGUCUGAGAUGGAGUAUGUUUACUUCUCAUUGGAAAAGGCACUCUUGGAGAAUUUCCAGUCUUAUCCAGACAGUGUUAAAGACUCUGUUGAUACUUUAGAGAUAAGUUUGAACAUUGAUGGCAUUCCUUUGUUCAAAAGUUCACAAAAUAGUUUAUGGCCAGUUCUAUGUGGUAUUAUGAACCUUACCCCAGUUAGAAUAUUCCCAAUUGCUUUAACAUAUGGGAAGUCAAAACCUAAGAAUUUAGAUUUUCUUCAUGACACUGUGAGAGAUCUGAAUAUGGUGUUAAAGCAGGGCUUAAGUUGCGGUUCAAAGGUUCUUAAAGUUUCUCUCAGGUGUGUUGUCUGUGAUGCACCUGCAAAAGCGUUUGUUAAAGGUACCAAGUUGUAUUCUGGCUAUUAUGGCUGUGACAAAUGCUGUCAGCGUGGUGUUUGGAUUGGUAGAUUGACGUAUCCAGAGGUGGAGAAUUUGUUGCUCCGUACAGAUCAUUCUUUCCGAAUGCAAUCAAAUGAAGAGCAUCACAAUUCUGAUUCUCCUUUCUGUGACUUGGAUAUUGAUAUGAUCAAGUCGUUUCCUCUUGACUAUAUGCAUCAGUUAUGCCUGGGUGUGGUAAAAAAGAUGAUCCUUGCUUGGAUGCGAGGAAAGAAGGAAAUAAGAAUAUCAGCUCGUCAGGUGGAAGAAAUAAGCACUAAACUUGUAGCAUUGAGAAGCUAUAUACCCCAAUGCUUUGCCCGCAAACCACGAAGUCUAGCGGAAAUCGAUAGGUGGAAAGCCACAGAAUUAAGGCAAUUCUUGCUGUAUAGUGGAAAGCUUGUUUUGAAAGGAAUAUUGCCUCAACCCCUUUAUGACCAUUUCAUGAUGCUUAGUGUUGCUAGUUCUAUUCUUGCUUGUCCUCAACUUUCUCAAGCUCAUUUAGGUUAUGCUGCUGAUCUUUUGAAGUAUUUUGUUGAAAAGGCUUCUUUUCUUUAUGGUGCCGAAUUCAUUGUUUACAAUGUGCAUUGUCUAAUUCACUUGGCUGACGAGGUGAGAAAUUUUGGCUCAUUGGAUAGGUGUAGCGGUUUUCCUUUUGAAAAUUACCUCCAAAAGCUAAAACGUUUGGUGCGCUCAGGAAAAAAUCCCCUUGCCCAAAUAGUGAAGCGACUUCACGAAUUGGAUGGAAGCGAUUUUGAUCAAGCGCCCAAAAGUAGUGCCAUUUCUCUAAAGGCUCCGAACAAUGCUUAUAUUCUUAGUGAUACCACUUGUUGUGUGGUAAUCGAGGAAACACACCAAAGUCAUGCUAGAGAAAAGUGUUUCUCAUGCAGAGUUUACGACAACUCCGAUGCAUUGUUUAACAAACCUUGUGACUCUAGAAUAAUUGGUGUGCAUAAAGCUCGAGCACAAUUUGCAAGCAUGAAAAUAUUACCUGCAAGUAGUUUAACUAAUCAAGCAAUUGCUGUUGAACUUCAAAAUGAUGUACUUGUUUUUUUAGCCAUCUUACACGAGCUUUGA